UCUGUGAAUAUGCCUGUUAACAAAUCACCUACGACCAAUAAAUUAGGAGUGAUAUCUUCCUCUUAUCAUGAAAAACUCUUGAGGCUUAAUUUUCAAAAUUUAAGGAAAAGAAGGAAUAAGAAAUCAAAUCCAUCAUUUUCAAUCACAAAAGAAUUCAUCGUGAGAUUCAACCAAACUGAAAAUCCAAAAGAGAAAGAAGAAUUGUUGGACCUAGCUAGAAAAAACAUUCUCAGGUGUAAGAGAAAACUGGGUCUCAAAACGUUAGGCUCUGGAAAUCAUGUGCAUCUUCCUACUGCGUGGAUGGAAGUAAUAUAUCUCGCUCAGUGCAAAGGAGAAAUCCAAGACGAAGCUUUAAAUAUGCUUUAUGCUUCCCUGGACUAUGCUUCCUUUGAUUAUGAGCAUCUGCCUACCUUAUUUUUUGUUGCGGAAUCAGUUUUAUAUAGACUCUGUUGUGAUGCAUUCCAAAAGACAUACUUAUAUUCAGUUGAAAUAAAGCUGACAAAGAUUGGCUAUUUGGUCUUCUUACGACUUUUUAUAUAUUUCCUGCAUGGUCACCUAGAAAGUUUUAAACAGCAUUUACUUAGGCUUCAACCAUAUUUAUACGCACUUUCUUCCUCUGGAGAGUCAUAUUACAAGUAUCCAAACAUCUUUUCAAAUGUGCAAUUCAUUUUGAAAACCAUGGAGAUUAUAUGCAAAAGAGGGCUCCUUCCUGGGUCAGUUUUUAGCCCUGUGGAAAACAAGAAACGCUAUAAGAAUGUAGAUUCUGAGAUGGGAGGAUAUGAAGUUAACCACCUGCUCUGGCACUGUGUGGCUGCCUGGUCAUGUGUUCAGAAGAAUAGUCCUCAGUUGAAUAAGGUGCUGGAACAUCUCAUCUUUCAUAAAAUGCAGCUUCAAAAGAAAUGCUGGUUGGAUUCAAUACUGGCUUUUUUGGUUCUUGGGGAGGCUGCCAAAUUAAACAUGGCCUGCUUGAAAGCUUUAAUGGAACUAAUGAGAGAUUUUCUUUUAAGCAUUAUGUCUGUUCAAAAUCAGGAAGAAAGCUGCAAGGUAGAUAAUUUUUCCUGGGCCUGGAAUGUAGUCUACAUAUAUACGACAAUUCUUGCAGAAAUCUGCUUGUAUGCGACCACUUCUAAUUUGCGAAAAACUGCUUUUAUUGGUUUCUGUGUCUGUAAAAGUUCACAAAAAAAUAUUUUGCACAUUGAUAAAUCAGAAGAACCACCAGAAUUGAAGGAAACAAGUAUUUUAGGUCUUUUGGAAUAUUUCUCUUCAAGAAUGUCAGAUAAUUGUGAUCAAGUGAUAUGGAUUGGAUACUAUGGCUUAAUGUAUAACCUGGUGAAAAUGUCAUGGGAACUUCGGGGAGAUGAUGAUCAGGAUGGAUUUAGAAACAAAAUAUGGCAAACAGUACGGAGAACAAAGGAUCAGGAGAAAGACGGGCGAAUCCGCAAUGCCAUAAACAUAGCUCAGGCUGAGUUAAAUGACCCAACUGACCCCUUCACUAAUCCUAGUACAAAAGUCUCAUCAGAUGUUGGGGAUGAAAUUUUCUCUAAAUAUGUAGGCUGGAGAAUUGCCAGUGCUCUUUCCAAACUGUUCUUCUCUUCUGCCGAUGCCCACCUUCUUCCUUUGAAAGGACCAUCGAAAAAACAGGAUUUGGUGAAAUAUCUGAAAAAGAAGGAUUCCGUGAAGAAGAGAGUUCUACGUGUUACUGUAAGAGAACGUCCUUUUCUACCAGAACAUCCCCUGUUUUCUUAUCCGGAUUUCUUCACCAAGGCUGAUGAAGAGUUGACGAGAAUCGUUGACCAUCAUUGGCAGAAAGAGCUUGAGAUUCGACAGAAAGAAGAUGCAGCAUGUGAGGCCCAAGAACGUAAAGACAAAGAGUUACAGGAAGAAAAACACUUCAGAGAAAUUAUGAAGAGAAGAGAAGAAAAACUCCAUAAGCAAACCAAACCCUAUGAGCUUCCUCCUAGGACUGAAGUAGUUUCAUUAGAAAUAAAAUGA